AUGGCGACGUCGAGCACAUCCCGGUACAGCAAGGCCACCGAGAAGCGCCAACCGUGGCGUGAGCUCGACCCGAUGCUCCAGACGUUGUCGUCGCACCAGAACACCUUUACACGAGGAGUCUCCUCCCGAAUCCAAGCCUUCACGGAGCUCCUCAUUCAGAGCCAACGCACGUACAACGAGUCAGUCCGCUCCGUGCUUCAGCUCUGUCGUCAUUUGGUGCCGUUGCUCGAGCCCAACGCUGACAAGCAAGCUCUCUCCAAUUGGCUAUUCAAGGGCCAAUCACAGCUGCCCCAGGCAAUGGCGGCUCUCAACAACGUCAGUGCCGCUCUCGCUGCAGCACGUGACCAGCUGCCCGAGCUCGAGCAGGCGCUGGAGACCUUGGGGCGCCCCCUGAGCAACCACCUCGAGGCAGAGACAGCGGUCUGGGAGGCGACGACUCUCUGCUGCAAGGGCGCUGCAGAGAGCAUCAAGGCGGCUACGGCGGCCGUCCUGGCCGAGAAGAACGAGAUUCGCACCAUUGCGGACGCAGUCAAGACGGCGCAUUUUUGUCUCGAGUGGCUCCGGACCGAUGGCUCAGAGACCGACUACGACAGCUGGGUGUGCGACGCUAUGAACAAGUUGCUAGCCCACUGCGAAAGCUAUCUGAGACGCUUCAACUCGAAUUAA